AUGAAUGAAGCUCAUAUCGACCUGACCUGCAGCACAUCUUGCUGCAAGAUGUGUGACCAUGGUGAGGGAUCAUCAAUUGUUACUGGUGAGAUCAACUGGUUGACCAUGGACUCGAGCCCUUGCAGCACUCCUUAUGGCACCCCUAUUUUUACCCGAGAAAAUUCUUUCUCAAGCUUUGCCAGUUGCUUUUCAAGCCUUGGUGACUCUCUAACAGAUUCUGAUUCUGAAGAGGAGAUUUAUCUCCAAGAUACUGGUCAAUUUCAUCAUGAUAACCUAUUAAGCAAUGAUUUUAUGAAGCAAGAAGGGAGUUCAGUACGAGUGGAAGAAUGUCAAUUCAAGGAUAUUGCCGAUGACUGUGCUAUUUUUUCCAUUCCAGUAAAACAAUAUAUUUCAUCUGCUGAACAACAGUUGGAGAGACAUGAAGACUCCACCAAGGGAAAUUUUGAUGCCAUUAAUAUUUCAUUGGAUUCAGAUGUAUCUUCUGAGGAGAGAAAAGAUAUCCAAUCCGAUGAUCAACUGGUAAGAACGAAAUGUGGUGUACCAGUGGAAGAUAUUGAUCAUAAACAAUCAGGUGUGAUAGUUGUUGAACAGAUCACUAGCCUUCCCAUGCCAGGUGGUGAUAUUUUUCCAUUGAAUGAACAAGUUAUGGAUGAACCCAGCAGUACCGUGGAAAAUGCAAAAGUUUAUAACAAUAUAUCGAAUACCGAACCUGAAAUGAAACAUGGUACUCACUUUGAAAAUGAAAACGAAUGCCUGUACCCGCUAUUAUUGCCCAGUUUUGAUGCAGAUCCUCUCAUUUGGUUACCACCAGAACCAGAAAAUAAGGAAGAUGACUUUGAUACUGUUUCUAAUGAUGAUGACGAGAGUGGCACUAACAGCACUGGGUGGGGUAGGUCAAGUUUCAAGGUUAACUUAGCAGAGAGAAACAAGGAAAGCCGUGAAGACCAAUUGCAGAAAGUAAUGUCAGAAGUCAUGAAUGGGCAAUUCAAGAUCCUAGUAAGUCGCUUCUUGGCUGCUGAAGGGCUUUCUUUAUCUGAUGGAGGCACCGAUAAAAACUGGCUUGAUAUUGUUGCGUCAUUGUCAUGGGAUGCUGCAUUACUUGUCAAACCUGAUGCCAAUUCCGGAAAUGCAAUGGAUCCUGGUUUGUAUGUGAAGGUGAAAUGCAUAGCUUCAGGAUCUUACCAGCAGAGUGAAGUGAUCAAUGGUCUUGUUUUUAAGAAGAGUGCUGCACAUAAACAGAUGCGUGCCAAUGUAAAGCAUCCAAAACUGUUCCUUCUUCAGGGCGCCCUUGGCCAUUCGUCAACAGGGCUAUCAUCAAUAAAUUCGAUGAAACAGGAAAAUGAUCAGCUGGAGAGAACUCUUUAUGAAGUGAUAGUCAAAUGCCAGCCUGAUGUUAUAUUGGUCGAGAAAGCAGUUUCCCGUAACGUAAAUGAAUAUAUUCAGAAACAAGGAGUUACGGUAGUAAGUGACAUGAAUACUCGUCGGCUGGAAAGAAUUGCUCGUUGCAUUGGCUCUCCAAUUGUAUCGUUGCAGAGUGUUCUUACGAAACCCAGUAUUAUUAAGCAGUGUGAGUCUCUCCAUUUUGAAAAGUUUGUUGAAGAGCAUAAUAUUACUGGAGAAGACGGAAAGAAAUCAUGCAAAACAUUUUUAUUUCUAGAGGGUUUUCCAAGACCUCUGGGAUGCACGAUACUGCUGAAAGGAGCAACAAGGGAAGAACUUAAGAAGAUUAAGCAUGUGCUUCAUUUCACUGUCUUUGCAGCUUACCAUUUGAUCCUUGAAACUUCAUUCUUUGCUGAUCAAAAGUUGUUUACAACAGACAAAACUACCACAGGGAAAGAGAAGUGCUUUAAAACUAAUCCACUACUGCUUGGUCCCAGUUAUGAUAGUUCAAAAAACAGUGACACCAUGAAUAACACUCCAACUUGUGAUGAUCAGUAUCCUAAUCAGGAAAAACUCAUUCAUACUGAAAAAUCAAUACCAUUGCAUCUUCAUGAUUCCAAAACUAUGACAUCUGAAGAUCCUGCUGGUGAAGAGCAUAUUGACAGCAAAGGCAUUCAGUCAUAUUCAUCCCUGCCUGUUUCAGAUCCCUCGACAAAUUUUAUGCAGGACAUGUCAUCACCAGAUUGUGCCGAGUCAAACACAUCUGAUGGUUUUGAUGGCUCACCAUUCACUGAUACUUCCAAAGAGGUGCAUAAGAAGCAAUUGUCUAGUGACAAUUUUCAGGGAACUUUUGAUGUAAUUCGUGCUGAGAGUGGAGCUGCUUUGAAUACUCAGGACAUCUUGAUUUCAAUGUCUAGCCAACAUAUCAGGAACCAAGCUGUUUGUGAGCAGAGUCACCUUUCGCGGAUAACUUAUUAUGGGUAUUUCGAUACAUCUCUUGGACGAUAUUUGCAAGAUACUUUACUUAAUGAGAAACACAACUGCCUAUCAUGUGGUGAAUCUCCAGAAUCUCACAUGUACUCUUAUACCCACCAUAAUGGUACUCUCACUGUUCUUGUGAAAAGACUUCCCUUGGAGUUGACACUUUCUGGUGAAACUCAAGGAAGAAUUUGGAUGUGGACCAGAUGCUUGAGAUGCAAUGCUAAGCCGACCCAUAGGGUUAUAAUAUCUUCCUCUGCUCGGAAUCUGUCGUUUGGGAAGUUCUUGGAACUCAGCUUCUCAACCCACUCUGCUGCCAAGAAGCUACCAACAUGUGGGCAUUUGCUUCAUAGAGACUGCUUACGUUUCUUUGGAUUUGGAUCCAAAGUUGCUAUGUUCAGAUACUCAUCUGUAGAAAUAUAUUCUGUUUGUAAGCCUCCAUUGAGUUUGGAGUUCAAUAACCAAAACGAAAAGGAUUGGCUUGAUGUCGAAGUGAAUAAUGUCCUUCUUAAAUGGAAGCAACUCUUCACAGAAAUUGAAAAUGUAAUACAAGACUUAAGAUCAAGAUACUCUAGUCAAGCCAUGGGGGAAGACACCAACGUUUCAGUAGAUGAGGGAUUACUUUUGGAGGUGUCUAGGAUGCUCACACAAGAGAAAAAUGAAGUUGAGGUUUCUCUGAGGGAGUUUAGCCAAAUUGCCAUAUCCGAGAGUUUUGCACAUGGGAUCCUUGGUUUGAACUGGCUGUACCAGCAACUUCUUCUUGGGUUCCACAUUUGGGAUCUUCGGUUGCUUCAUAUUCUGCAGUACACUAAAGUUAAUACUGCAUCUUCAGACAAUUCCAUUCAUGACAGCACAGCAAAGAAUGAGCUGAAGAGUUUGGGAAGUAUUGCAAUCCAGGACACACCGUUAGUGAAGAAAAUUGGAACAGAAAGAAAGGAGACAAUUAUAAAUUCUUCUGACGGCUCUGAAGAUCCAUUUGGUGAUACAGUUUUGGAUAAGGUUCAUCUUACUGAUAAACUAAUAACCAAAGAGCACGAUUUGUCCAGUUAUCAAGAUCAUGAUGUAAGAUCAGCUCUUUCCUCUCUAGGCGAAGCUGCUGAUCAGUUCGAAACCUCUGUGGAGAUUGCUAAUGAUAAUUGUUCAGAGAAAUUAAACACUAUACCAUUUACGAAUGAUGAACAACCUGCAGCAUCCAAUGUAAAUGAAAUGCAUCAUGUUGUCAUUCCAAGUGAUGAUGCAGGAAAAUGGGUCUGGAAUCAAUUUAAUCAAUUGGAAAUGGAAUACAAGAAAGAACUUCAAGGUGGUUCUUUGUAUAAAUUUUACCUCAUCAACAAAUACACCCCAUGUUCAUCAUCAUUGGCACAAUUAAAGCAUCAAAUGGACUUGGGGCAUUUUAUAGCUGGCCGUGGUGGUAAUAUUUUUUCAAUUUCUGAGGAAGAAGUUUCUAGCAUUAUUGCUUACGCUCUAAUUAUAUCUGAACAACAAGGGUUCUAUUCUGAAGCUGCAUCUAGCAACUUGGAUAGAAAUGCUUCUAUGCUGUCAUCCACGUUGUCUCCAAAUGAGUCGUUAGAAAACAACCAUAAAUUUUCAAGGUUUGCAUCACCAGUAUCACCUGAGGAAGCAACAUCAGGGUUUUAUGAUUCAUUUCUGUCAGCUUUAAAAGAUCUGCAUCACGAAAUUGAUCUGAACAAUGAAAAGAUAGCUCUGAGAAGCAAAUAUACUGUCGUUUGUAUAUAUGCAAAACAAUUCCAUGAUCUUCGGAAGAUAUGUUGCCCAUCAGAACUUGCAUAUAUUUCAUCAAUAAGCCGCUGCAAAAACUGGAACGCGCAGGGUGGAAAGAGUAAGGUUUUCUUUGCGAAGUCAAUGGAUGACCGAUUUAUCAUAAAACAAAUCAAGAAGACUGAGUUUGACUCGUUCUUAAAGUUUGGUCUUGAGUACUUCAAGCAUUUUUGUGUAUCUCAGGUUUCAAGCAAUCCUACAUGUCUUGCGAAAAUUCUGGGAAUAUAUCAGGUUAAGGAAACUAGGAACGGCAAGGAGACAAGGGUUAACUUCAUGGUUAUGGAAAAUCUUUUGUUUGGACAUAAUAUAAUACGCAGAUAUGACCUGAAGGGUGCUCUUUUCUCACGGUAUAUUCCUGAUUCAGAAAAUCCUGAAAAGGUGCUGUUGGAUCAAAAUUUUAUUGAAGACAUGCGUACCAUGCCAAUCUACAUUGAAGGAAAAACUAAAAACUUCAUGGAAUGCGCUAUUUGGAACGACACAUCUUUCCUAAGUCGCAUGAAUGUCAUGGAUUACUCCUUGCUUGUUGGAGUUGACAAAGAGAAGAAAGAGCUUGUAUUUGGAAUUAUAGAUUAUUUGAGACAAUAUACGUGGGACAAACAGCUGGAAUCUUGGGUGAAGACAUCUCUUUUUGUUCCAAAGAAUCUAUCCCCAACUGUAAUUUCACCUAGGGAGUACAAAAUAAGAUUCAGGGCGUUUAUGUCACAAUACUUUCUAUCAGUUCCAGAUGCUUGA